AUGUGGCAACAUUUCAAGAAACUUUUCAUUGGAGUCCUGUCCAUCUGCUUGGUGGUGGCUUUUGCUGCUGCUCAAUCUGCCGAUCCCGCUGAACCUUCUGCCGAAUAUCUGCCACCUGUUGGCGAGGCUGAGGCAGCUCAAUUGUCCGACGAUGGUUAUCGCUACAAGACUGUCCGCCGCCUGAAACUGCGUCAUCGUCGUGAGGUGCCCAACCAGGAAUACUUGCCACCUGUGGACAAUAGCCCCAGCCAGGAAUAUUUGCCACCAGUCGAUGCUGCCGCCAUUGGUGAUACUAAAGUUGCCGAUGAUGGCUACCGUUACAAGACUGUCCGCAAGUUGAAGUUCCGUGCCCGUCAUCGUCGUGAUGUAUCUGAGAUCGCUGAGCCUAGCAACGAAUAUCUGCCCCCCGUUGAGGUUGAAUUGGCCCCUGAGCUGAAGACCGUGUUGGGUGAUGAUGGUUACCGUUACAAGACUGUGCGUCGCCUCAAGCUCCGUCGUCAUCGUCGUGAGGCUGAGGCUGUUGCUGCCGAUGAGGCCGCUGCCGCUGCCACCAACGGUGAAUACCUGCCCCCAGUCGAGGCACCUGCAGCUGAGUCUGCUGUGGCCGAGGUUAAGGCUGCUGAGCCCGAGGGCACUGAAUUGGCCAAGGAUGGUUACCGUUACAAGACCGUGCGCCGCAUCCGUUAUCGUUAUCGCCAUUAA